AUGAGCAACUCUCGAACCCUCACACCAGCUCAUAUGAAGCAGGCUAUGAUGGCGAACCGACAUUUUCAUUUUCUUGCGGACAUUUUCAAGGAAGUAGCGGUUCCCGGACGGAUGGGGCCUGAGUUUGAUCCAAACCUUUCGCGACAGCAAAUGCAACUCUUACAGGGUUAUCCGGCGGUUCCUCCUUGGGAGUGCAAGCCGUUGCAGCUUGCUCGUCUGCUAUGGGGCGGGUGGUGGUCACAGCGAUGGGAGGAUCAGGAUCGGGCGCUUAUGCCACCACCAGCACUUCCAAUGGGGCGUGCCAGACCAGUCGCGUGA